AGUUCACAAGUCAUGAUGAAUGAGAAGGACAUCGAGGAGGGCGGCGAAGUGGCAGUGAUGCCGAACACAGAUCUAAGCUGGAUUCCAAGUUUCUUCAAGAAGAGAUCGUGCACAACAUUUGUGGAGGACUCCUUUAGUAAUGGAGGUCGGUGUCAGUGCGGGGCGACGCGAGACAAUCACCCGUCGGUGGCUCUGGGUGAUAACUUCAGCACAGCAGUGGUCAGUCACUGGCUCAGCGCUCAGCACUCCUCUGAACAGCCCACUGACGCUUAUGGAGAUCUGGAGUUCGCCGGCGCUGGGAAGAGACACAGCUACUUCCUGCGUCUCUCCAGCACCACAGAUCCUGCCAGGGUGUUUGACCUGAUGAAGGAGCACUGGAAGCUGCCGCAGCCCAACCUGGUGGUGUCAGUGGUAGGCGGCGAGGGGAGGUCAGAGGUCAAGAGCUGGGUGCGGGACAUCCUGAGACAGGGGCUGGUCAAAGCGGCACAGAGUACAGGAGCAUGGGUCAUCACUGGAGGACUGAGGCAGGGCAUCGGCCGGUGUGUUGGAGAGGCUGUGAAAGAUAACGCCACUGCUGUUUCCUCCAUCACACUCAAUAAAGUGCUUCCUAUAGGCAUCGCUCCCUGGGGGCUGGUGGAGAACAGACAGCAGCUCGUCAACUCAGAGGGAAGUUUUCCAGCAAAGUAUAUGGUCAGGAACAUAUCACGUGACUCCUGCUAUCUGGACAACAACUAUAAGGCUUUUCUUCUGGUGGAUGACGGGACUAAUGGGCGCAAAGGCGGAGAGCUGGUGUUCAGAGCUCGUCUGGAGGAUUACAUUUCAAGCCAGCGCCCAGGUGGUGCAAGCAUUGACAUUCCUGUUCUGAAUAUGCUGAUAGCUGGAGACACGUCCAUGCUGGAGUUUUUAGAGAUGUCUCUGAAGAAUUCAACACCGUGUUUGGUUCUGGCUGGUUCUGGUGGUCUUGCCAAUCUAGUGGGUGACAUUGUGGAGAAUGUUCAGUCUCCAGCGAUACCUGGAGCAUCAGAGAAGGAGAAUGCCAGCCCCAUCAUGGAGCUCCGAGAACAACUAGCGGCAAAAGUCAAGAAAUAUUUUCCUGCAGAGAAAGAUACUGACAAACUUGUUGACAAGGUUUUACGCAUCUACCAAAACAAAGACAUCAUCUCCGUUUAUAACGCAGAACAGGAAGGAGCAGAAGAUUUUGACAUUGUGAUGCUUAAAGUGCUUGUUCAAGAAAGUAAACGUCAUGUAUCAGAGAAUACUUACUCCUAUGCUGAUGAGCUGAGACUGGCUGUAACCUGGAACAGAGUGGACAUCGCUAAGAGUGAACUUUUCAAAGGAAACAUUGACUGGAAGUAUGAGGAGCUGGUGGAUUCCAUGACUGAUGCCCUGGAGAACAAUAAACCCCAGUUUGUGCGUCUCCUCAUUGAUAACGGUCUGAACAUUUUGAGCUACUUGACUUACGGCCGACUGGAGGAUCUGUACAACUCCAUCUCUGACAACUGCCUGGCCAAAACACAGCUGCUCCAUCGACUGGUCGAGCGCAUGCACGAGUCCAACGAGCAGAUCUACAGCAUCAGCAUUUAUGAGGUGUCUCAGCUGCUGGAGGAUCUGCUCGGCGAUGUCUGUCAUCCUUUCUACAUGUCUGAACUCGCAUUGAGCGCAGGAUCGACUAGAAGAAAAGCUAUGAAGAAAGCAUGCAAGGCCCUGAAGGAGAAUUGCAAAUACCGAAAUGAGACGUGUGAGAGCCCAUGGUUGUGUCUCUUCAUCUGGGCAGUGCUGCAGAACCGCAGCGAGAUGGCCAUCUUCUGCUGGGAAAUGUGUGGCGAGUCGGUUCUGACAGCUCUGGGUGGAUGUAAACUAUUGGUGGAGCUCUCUAAACAGGAGAUCGAGACUGAGGUCAAGCACUCCAUGAAGGAGCUGGCGCUGAAGUUUGAGCAGAUGGCACAUGAUGUGUUUGGCACAUGCUACCAAACCAAAGCAAGUCAUUCCUACAAGCUGUUGAUUCGCAAGUCAAAACUGUGGGGUGACGCCACCUGUCUGGAAAUGGCCAUAGCUGCGGAUGCCCGGAUCUUCUUCAGCCAUGAUGGAGUGCAGUCUCUGCUGUCUCAGAUCUGGUGGGGAGAUAUAGAGAGAGAUACUGCGCUCUGGAAAGUCCUGCUGGUGAUGAUCUGUCCUCCUGUCUGCUACAGCAACUUCAUUGAAUUCAGGAAAGCAGAUCAAGCAGAAGAAGAGAAAUCAAUGACGGCACCUCCAUGUUCAGCUAUAGACAGCAAUUAUGGAGAGACCGUCUUCUCCUUCACUGAGAUUAAACACCAAAAUGAAGGCGAGCAUGAAGACUCAAAUCAUAUCAGGUGGCCUGCUAAAGGAGCUCCUGCAUUCAUCAAAUCAAAGAAGAGUAGCUUUGUGGUUUCCCGCUGGAAGCAGUUCUGGUACGCUCCUGUCACCUCAUUCAUCGGCAACCUUCUGAUGUACUUCCUCUUCCUGUUUCUGUACGCCUACGUGCUAUUGGUCGACUUCAGGCCGCCUCCCCCUGAUGGCCCUGCGGUUUCGGAGUAUGUGCUGUAUUUCUGGGUCUUCACUUUAGUGUGCGAGGAGAUUCGAGAGGCAUUCGUUGCAGGCAAUAAGAAGUUUCCUCAGACGUUGAUCGUGUAUGCUCAGGAUAUGUGGAAUAAGCUUGAUGUUCUUGCCCUUUCCUUCUUCAUUGCUGGCUUGUGCUGCAGGAUGUUCAGCUGGUCGUUCAGCAUGGGUCGUGGUAUACUGUGUGUGGACUACAUGGUCUUCACUCUCCGACUCAUUCACAUUUUCGCCAUUCACAAAGAGCUGGGUCCCAAAAUCAUCAUACUCGGCAAAAUGAUCAAGGAUGCGUUCUUCUUCUUGUUCUUCCUGCUGGUGUGGUUAAUUGCAUAUGGAGUGGCUAAUCAAGCUCUACUAUACCAGUAUGAUCCUAGCCCUGCAAGAACGUUUCGGCGAGUGUUGUACAGACCAUAUCUGCACAUAUUCGGUCACAUUCCUGUGGAAGAAAUAGACACUGGCAAACACUGGGAAAGAGACUGCACGGAUAAUCUGACGUUGAUCAAUGAAGGCAUAGAGCCGUGCAGAGACACCAGCCACAACUGGCUUGUGGUCAUUUUGUUGGUCAUCUUUUUACUAGUCACCAACAUUUUACUUAUCAACCUGCUCAUCGCCACAUUCAGCUAUACGUUUUCCAAGGUUCAGGAGCACAGCGACACAUACUGGAAAUUUCAGCGGUAUAAUCUGAUAGUGGAGUAUCAUUCACGUCCAACACUCGCUCCACCAUUUAUCAUCCUGUCUCACUUCAACCUCCUGAUCAAAAGACACAUACGCAAAGUGCCGUCCAUCAAAAUCCAUCGAUUUGCCCUGAGGAUUGCGGGUCGAGAGGCGAACAAGCUGGUGAAAUGGGAGAACCUGCAGAAGGAGAACUAUCUGGCUCUUGAGAACAAAAAACAAAGAGGAACCGACUCUGAGAGGCUCAAACGCAUGGCUGCUAAAGUGGAUGGACAAGUAGCAGAGAUGAGAGAUGUAGACCGCAGACUGAGAGCCCUCGAGUCUGAGAUGGAGUUCUGUAACUCUUCUCUACAGUGGAUUAUGGAGACUCUUUCUCAGAGCAGCACAGCGAAGAGCACUAAAGCACAUCCUACUCGCAAAGCCAGCAUUAAGAAAUGAAAAAGAGCCUUGAUUCCUGUUCAUCUUCUGUCUUUAUGGAUACACAAGAACCCACUGAGAGCCAGUGAAAGGAGGGAUGAUGCCAAAAACACUCCCCAUGUUCUUUAAACUGGUCAUCCUGGCCUUUUCAUUCUGCUUUUCUGACUGUGAGAAGAGAAAAAGCCACUGGGUCUACUUGAACUUACUAUGCACUGAAAGAUCAAUUAUACCACGUUACAUUCAGAGAUCAAUCGAAUGAUACUUUGGUAACACUUUGUUUUAUGUAUCAAUUCUCACUAUUAACUAGAGGCUUAUUACCAGCCUAUUAUUAACAAAUUGGCUAUUUUUUGUACGUAUAAAAUACAUAUUCUGCAUGAUGUUAUUCUACAUCCCUAAUCCUAGCUAAAACUACUACAUUAAUAAUUAUUAAUAAGCAGCGCAUUAAG